CAUCCCCACAGCAGCCAGAGCCACCCAAUUUGGCCGCAACAACAUCCCCAUGCCACAUGGAACCCUCGCCCUCAGCUGCCAGCCGCAGACAAACAUGCGCACAAUGCAGGACACGCAAGGUCCGCUGCGACGGCUGCCUCGAUGGCUGUGCCCACUGCACGAGACUGGGGUACGACUGCUCCUUUCGAGCACCCACGAAUCCCGCGCAGACACCUGCACCCCUUCUUCAAAACAAGCGACCACGCGUCUCCCAUGCCUGCGAAAGCUGUAGUCGUGCCAAGGUGCGUUGCUCGGGAGAGGUAAGUGGUUGCAGGCGAUGCAGACUCAGGGAGAUCUCGUGUGUCUUUCCAGAGCAUGGCAUGAGGCGCGUCUCACUGAGCGGCCAAGGAGAUAGUGGCGGGCACAACCAAACGUCACAAUCUGACAAUGGUUCCCCCGGACUGCAUCAGACCGAGUCCCCUCGAACAACUGCUGCCAACAUGGACCGCGUGCACCCAGCUUCAUUGCUAGUUUCACCAGGAUCUCAACAGAAUUUCAUUCCUCAUGAGAAGGCCGCCGUGGCGUUGCGCCGAUUCUUUGAAUCCCUCCAUUGCCUCCCGGGUCUCGCAUUCCUCCACAAACCCUCGCUGAUGCGGCGUUUUUCCAAACGGAAGCUGGAACCACCCUUGCUGGCGGCCAUUGUCGCGCUGAGCUCCAGACUUCCUGGCGCGUCGAGUGAGGAGAAAGAAGUCGGCUUCCAGUGCGCCGACAUGGCUGAAGGUCUCGUGCUUCGCAGCCUCGGCCAGCCAACAUUUGUCGACACACAGGCGUUGCUGCUUCUUCUCAAGUUCAGGCACUGGACGGGUGCCUCCAACAUGGUCUUCCUGAGCAUGGCGCAGCUGACGAGGAUUGCAUUUGCCCUGCGACUCAAUUAUGAAAAGUCAAAUCUAUCCUUCUUCGUCCAGGAAUCCCGACGAAGGCUCAUGUGGGGCAUAUACAUGCUCGAUGUGAUUCUUGCCGAUGGACAGGAAGAGUUUACCACAUGCCCAAUCACCACGAUACAUCUCCGACUGCCGAGCAUGGAAGACAACUUUGAGCUCGAUGUCGAAAAUGCUUCUGAGCGAAUCGAGACCCAGGAUCGAUCUCCAACCAGCCUCGGCAUCAUUGCCUACUAUCUUCGUGUCAUGCAUCUGUAUGAUGGAAUCAUCCGAUAUCUCAAAAAAGCAUCAAGUCCAAAGAUGGCCACAGACGCGCAGUGGUCUGAGUUGCAGAGGCUAGAGAAAGAACUCAAUGCUUUCAUGGCACACCUCCCUUCAAACGAACGCUACUCGCAGAAGAAUCUCGAGCUACGCGCCUACUCGCCUCGGCUUUCGCGAUACGUCAUGACACAUGUCUGGUGGCACCAUUGCUACAGCAUCCUCUUCCAAGAACUGGCGCUCAACCCACGAGAUCACGGUACCACCAGGAUUCGAGAGCUCAUUGGUGAAAUGGGCAUUGAAGCCUGCCGAACCAAGUGCCUGGCUCAUGCCCAGAGCAUAGCCGACAUAUUCUCAUCACUAUUUGAUCUGGGUGGCGACACAUGUAUCCUGGACAUGGAGAUGGCACAUUGCGCCUUGAGCAGCGCGGAGAUUCUGAUGCAGAGCGCCAGCAACACCAUCUCGCAAGUGACCAUUUCGAGGGAAAAGACAUUGCAAAAAGUGUCAACGUGCCUUCGACUCGCCAAAGGCCUGUCCCCAAUGUGCCCAGCGAUCACUGAGAUGGUUGCUGAGUUAACCUCAGCUGUCGAGGCCUUUUCUUUAGGUCAAAGUACAUCGCCUGGGCUUGCGUCUACGAGCUGCACAGCCCUGCGGCCAUACGCCACCAAGCACAGCGCACUCUACCGAACCAGCUUCCAGGAUGACAGUUACAAUAUCGAGAUGGCCGACCCCCCGAGCGAAGCAGAUGGGCAGACCGCAGACCGAAACCACCUCGACAACGCCCAGUGCUCGUCCGGCUCGGGCCCCGAGGGUCAAGCGCCUGCCAGCCACAUGGCAACCCAGACAGCUGGGUUCAAUGAGUCCAUGACCCACGGCCCAUACGCAACCGAUGCCCAGGGCAACUCCCCAUGGGCUGGGUCUGUCUCCGAUAUUUGGGACCAGAUGUCUCUGUUCCAGGGUGGAUUCAAUGGCUUGGAUCUGACCGCAGAUGGGCCUGCCCUAUUGGACAUCUUGCCGUCGGGCGAGGGUCUACACCAUUCGUACAAUAGCUGGGGGCGGGAACCCAUGGGCUGAUUCAGGUUUGGCCCGACCGACGACGCCCUCCAAAAUUUCGGUUCGGUCGUCUCGGCUCGGCGAACAAAGAAUCGGGUCGCUGGCGUCCACCUCCGGGUCGGCCCCGCCAUGCUCCCCAUACCCCAUAAUCAUUCCCCACGAGGCGAUGGUCAGACAGAAUCUUGUCCUCACAGAUGCCCUCGGUGGUCUAUCUCGAAUACUUCCACGUGGUGCACUCAGGCAUGGCCAUGAGCCUCUGAGCAAUCCCAGACUAUAUAUCAUGC